AUUGAAAUGACCGAACGUAGGGUGAUGAAGGUUGAGUGAGAAUUUGUUUUGAUUUUUGUUUUUUUGGUGAAUUUUAAUUGUUUGUGGUGUUUUUAAUUUUGGCUUUGAAUCAUGGCCUCAAUUAAAUUGUUACUGUCAUCUCGAUUGGCUCGAAUGGUGAUCCCUCGAACCAAUGAGAAUAAACUGUUGACCCGAUUACAAGUAAAUGGUAUUAAUCGAGUGUCAACCGCUGGUAUUUGUCAUAAGGAUAAUAUGGAUCCUGUUGUUAAAUCACUUAAGCCUAAACCUUUUCCAUACAAGGAGAAAAGGUAUCGGAGUUACAUGUAUUUACUUCCCGGUGGGUCAACUGUUGCCCGAUUUGAUGAAAAUACGGUUAUCGUAUCAAUUGAAGGUCUACCUGGUUCGGGGAAAACAAAAUUUGCCAAAAAAUUUGCCGAAGCAACUGAUAUGUAUCAUCAACCUAAAGCCAAUUUUGACUUUUAUUAUAUUAGGCCUGAUGGUUUUGAUUUAAGAAGAUUUAAUCCAAUUUUCUUUGAGGAAGCUCAAUAUCCAGAUAUUGAUUUGUUUCUUGAGAAACCUAAACAUCCUAAAAUUGGUAGAAUGCAAUGUGAAAUGUACAGGUUGAAAUACUUUUUCUACAUUGAAGCGAUGGCUCAUUUAUUCAACACUGGUCAAGGAAUUGUCACCGAACGGACUCCUUGGUCUGAUCAAGUUUUCAUGGAUGCAUUGGUUAAAUGUGGAUUCACUAAUAAGGAUCAUGAAAGAUUUUACGCUCGAAUGAGACACAAUUCUCAAGUUAAAUUAUGGAGACCACAUCUUGUUAUCUACAUUGAUACACCGAUUGAAACAGCCAUGAAAAAUAUUAAAAAACGAAAUAAUCCCAGAGAAGUUAAUAGUCCAGUUUGGAAAAGUGAUUUCUUAAAGUGUAUCGAUGAAUCUUACAAGAAUAAGAUUAUUCCUGAAUAUGAUGAGCAUGCCUACGUUUUGGUUUAUCCUUAUAAAGAUGAACUUGAUGUUAAUGCGAUUCUAUCGGACAUUGAGAAAAUGGAUUUCUGGCCAUGUCUUAGUAAUGAAAAAUUAUACGAUUGGCGAAUCAGUGAUGAUGGUGAAGUCAGUGAAUGGAGAGUAACUUUUACUAAUGAAAUUGAAACACUUAUGGCAAAGUGUAAUUUACCUUCUUGGGAUUGUGAGGGUUAUGAUUAUUCACCUGAAGCUGAACAGAUUCAGAUGCAAUCAGAAAGAUCUCUUGCUACUCCUUACUGGCCCGGUUUCGAUCCAGAUAGAUAUUCAAUGUGGGAACUUGCAUUCAAACGGGAAAACAAAUAUUGGGCAGAUAGAGCUAUGAACUUAUUCCCAGCUUAUAGUCCCUAAUUGUACCAACAAUUAACAACGAUAAUUAAUGUAAAAAGAACAGACAGUAAAAAUGAACGUUACUAAAUUAGAUUUACUUCUAAAUACAAAAAAACCUUCAUUAUUAUGGUUCAAUCAUCCGGGAUAUAAUCAAUUACAAUACGAAAUUGAAAAUUUUCAUCCACUUUUAAUUUCUCUGGAAAAUCUAAAACCUAUCUUGUUAAUAAACUAUCGACACAAACAACU